AUGCAACAGCCAGCGCUGCUGUUUCUGACAGACUGGGAUGGCACCAUCACAGAACACGACACAUUGAGUUUAGUUGCACCCACCGAUACACAGGUUCAGGAUGGAAAGAACACAUUUGCAUACUACGAAAAUAUGUACCAAGAGACGAUGAGCAAGUUCAAGGACGACUAUGGGCCUAUCGAUUCUGAGAAUACAUUGCGCGAGUACAUUGGAGACGUACUAAAAGCUGAAAAGAUCACAUUAAACAAGAUUAUUGAAGACGGGCUUUUCCAAGGCAUUCGCGGCGAUGAAUUGCGCUCGCGUGUCUCGCAAGUCGCAUUCCGGCCUGGCUGGGACCAAAUCCAAGCGUGGAUUUGCGCGCAUACGCCCUGUGAUUGCGUGCACGCUUACAUUAUCAGCAUCAACUGGUCGCGCCAAUUCAUCCACGAGGCACUCUUGCUUAAUACCAAAGAGAAACAGGGUGUGGAUUGCAAUACCACUGGGUUUGAAGGCAUCCUCGCAAACGAAGUCGAGGAAUGCACGGGUAUUUGUACAGGCCGGAUUGUGGGCCCGAAUGGCGCGCCUCCCCUCUUGACCGGCAUUGACAAACUGAACAUCUUUCGGGACAUUAGGUCGCAGUACGUCAAAGAGCCCAUAACUCUCUACCUUGGCGACAGCGUGCCAGACCUGUUGUGUCUUUUAGAAGCCGACGUUGCCAUUAUUAUGGGCAACAAUCCGAGUUUACUUAAAGCUCUGGACGAUUCUGGCCUCUCUCUCUGCAUGCGCACCAUUGCAAACCUGCGCGACGUCGUGCAGCAUGGAAAUUUGCCCGACCAAACGAUGCUUGUCCGUACUAAUACGUGGUGUCAAGUGAUGGAGAUCAUCACCGUGCUGACAGACAAUAUAGACGCGCUAUGUACCUUACGCGCCAAGAGACGGACAUGA